UUGGGGUUCUUCUCGCCUUCGAAAGCGCCGUCCUUCUUCAGUGUUUUCACAUUUUCACGUACAGUUCAAUCGUGAGGUUCAGCCUAGUGAGUUCUGUGUAGUUAAGUCGGAAUAUUUCGUAUAGUUCUCGUCGACUGUCGUCUGACAUUUGUUCUUCUAUUCCGAAACGCUGCAUUGAAAUACAAAAAUAAUACAAACUAGAAUAUUCAACAAAACAAAAAACCAAGGAAACGAAAAACCAAUUACAAUUUUAACAAAAUAAUAACUCGCUUCAAAAUAUAUUGCAAAUAUAUCAACAAAUUUAAUCAAAUCAAAUUCACCAACAAAUCGAAAACAAACUCUAUAAAUUCGUUUACUCAAAAACCCAAAAACACAAAACAACCAAAAACCGAUUCAAAUAUAUAACUGUUAAAUCUAAACGAGCAGGCGAUCUACUGGGAAGCGAGAGAGGAAGGGCAUCAGCAGCAGCACUACUACACGCGUGUGUGUUUAAAUACUGGAAAAUACAGAUAAGAUAAAUUAUUAUAGACACUCACGAGUACAUUUAGAGCAGACCAAGCCCAGAGACAGACAACCGCAGAGAAUCAAAAGCACUCCAAGAGCAAAUCAAUAAAACAAAACCCAAACAAAAAAAAACAACAACAACAGAAACAAAGAGAAAAAGCAACUCAAAAAACAAAAUUUAAAAAAAAAGUGUUACAAAAAAAACUUAAAAAAAAGAAAAUUAUUUAAAAGACAAAACCCGUACUCGUAACGGUGCAGACAACUGAAAAUACCCAGUGAAAAUUCAGAAAAGCGUUGACCAUUUUUUCUCGCAAAGGCGCCACGUCCAAGAGCAAAUCGUUCCAUAUGGUUCAUAUUAUUGAAUUGGUCGGCCAGCCGAAGGUUGAGUUUGCUCAACAAGUUACUCUGAAGCCAGCUGAAAAUGAAAGUCGCAGCGAGCAUCUAGAUCGCAAGCUCUUCGUUGGCAUGCUCAGCAAACAACAGACCGAAGACGAUGUUAGACAAAUCUUCCACCCGUUCGGCUCUAUAGAGGAGUGCACCAUAUUGCGGGGCCCGGACGGUACGAGCAAAGGCUGCGCAUUCGUCAAAUUCGGAACGCAACAGGAGGCUCAGUCAGCAAUAGCCAAUCUACACGGAAGUCAAACUAUGCCGGGUGCAUCCUCCAGCCUGGUCGUCAAAUACGCCGACACAGAGAAGGAACGACAAAUCAGGCGCAUGCAACAAAUGGCCGGUCAUAUGAACCUGCUGAAUCCGUUUGUCUUUAAUCAGUUCAGCCCGUACGGCGCCUACGCUCAGCAACAGCAGCAAGCCGCUCUGAUGGCUGCCGCUGCCACCGCGCCUGGCUCGGCAGCCGCCUACAUGAACCCCAUGGCCGCCCUGGCAACGCAAAUACCUCAUGGCUUGAACGGCACCGGACAGCCGCCCUCUUUGCCCUCGCCGACCAUGCCCAACUUCAGCAUGGGCGCCAACACGCCCAACGGCCAGCCCGGCGGAGCUGCCGCGGCUGCAGCAGCUGCUGCGGCGGACGGGGUCUUCACGAACGGCAUUCCACAAACGGCAUUCCCAGGACAUCCGCUGCAUUUGACUAUACCACCACAAGGUCUGCCAAACGGCGAUGCUGCUACUCUGCAACAUGCCUUCCCUGGGCUGCCACCGUUUCCAGGAGUUGAUUUUCUGAUGUUCCCAGGAUGCUCGAUAUCCGGUCCAGAGGGCUGCAAUCUCUUCAUCUACCAUUUGCCCCAAGAGUUUGGCGAUGCGGAGUUAAUGCAAAUGUUCCUGCCCUUUGGCAAUGUGAUCAGCUCCAAGGUCUUCAUCGAUCGUGCUACAAACCAGAGCAAAUGCUUCGGUUUCGUGUCCUUCGAUAAUCCAGCCAGCGCUCAAGCGGCCAUUCAGGCCAUGAAUGGCUUCCAGAUUGGCAUGAAAAGACUGAAAGUUCAAUUGAAGCGGCCAAAGGAUGCCAGUCGACCCUAUUAACAAUCGGAGUUCCUUAAGUGUAAUUCGCAACAACUACAACUACUUCCUGGAGCACCAACAACAGGAGUAGUCGCAGGAGCAGCCAUGCCACAAACUACAACACAAUUUGCAACAGCAGCAGCAGCAACAGCAUCCACAGCAACAGCCACAGCAACAACCACAGUGCACCACUAUAGUCACAGAAGCAGCUUUAGGCCACCAUUUCCCACUGACAACUCCCCUCAUAUGCCGUAUCAAUUCGCCAGCUGGCGAAAUGGUACCUACUGCUAUCGCUAUAGUACCCCCAGAAACAUCUCCCCCAGCCCAAAAAGCAACAACAACAGCAACAUCAGCAAUACCAACAACUGCAGCAAGGACAACAACAACAGCACCAACAACACCACCAGCAGCAGCACCACCAACAACAAUAGCAGCAACUGCAGCAGCAGAAUGGACGAUUCCCAUCCACAUCCAACUCAACCGGACAUGGCAUCCAAUAGCAACCAGAAGAACCUAUCCAAAGUGGAACUAGUCGAAAAACUGUUCAAGUGGCAGCAACAAAAGCGAAAGACCUAAAGCCACCAGGACCCACAACAGCAACCAUGACAACUGCGGCAACAAUAACGAGCGACUACUGAAAGGAUGGUCUUCACCAUGCUAAGUGAAAAUGAUUAUAAAAAUUAAACACAUGCAAAAGCGUGUGUAAAAAAACCUAAAAAAUAGUAAACAAACAAAAAAAUGUAUAAUAAAAAAAGAAAAUACUUUAGAGCUGAAAUUUAAAUAGAUUUAUAUAUAUAUACAAAACAGCAGAACAUACAUGCAACUAUAUAUAUAUUUAUUCGAUUAUACAUGCAGCCGAAUGCAGUACUUAAAAAAUUAAAGAGAAAACCAACAGAAACAAAAUGAUAAUGAUGUUGAGCAGCCCGAAGAAAGAACAAAAUUUUUUUGCCAAAAUAUCGAUUUAUUAUGAAUAUAUAUAGACACAUAAAUAUAUAUAUUUAUAGAAGCAAGGAACAAACAUUGAUAUUGAUAAUUUUGUUAAAAAGAAAACAACAAACCACAUAACAUAUGCACACCCAACACACACACCACACACAGGACAAAAAACUUGAGACAAAAACUGACUGGCAAGAGACCAAAAUUAUCUGGGUUUUCAAAUAAACAAAAAAAAAACGAAACAAAUAAUGAAUUAAACAAAAAAAAAAACAAAAAAAAAAGAGGGAGAUUCGAGUAGAGCAGCAACCAUUUUAUAAGAAAAAUUGGUGAUGGGAAUUUAUUAAAUUAACAAAAUGCUGCAGAAAACAAAAAAAUUUAAAGAAACCAAAUACAAGAGAAAAACUAUCAAAACUGAAUUUGUUAAUCUGAUGAUGAUAAAAUCGAAUGGAGUUGACAGUUAAACGAGUUAAACGAGAAGGGUGUAGAAGAUGGUGUAGAUGAGCAGAGGGAUUAAAUGAUAGAGUAUAGGCGAUGAUUGAUAGAGGAACAUACAUAGCUCUGCAACUUUUUAGCAUUUAGUGGUAAGCAAAAGGCAGAAUGUUCUAUAUAUGCAUAUACAAGUAUAUAUAUAUAUAUAUAUAUACACAUAUACAUAUAUGUAUAUACAUAUAUGUGUGUGUAUGAAUGAAAAUUAACACAAAAAUUCGAAUUUAAUUAAUUUUAAGUAAAACAAAAGGAUAUAAGAAGUUAGGACUAGACGAGCUCAGAGCAGGCCACUUAAUAUGCGCAAUGCUUUGAUGGCUAUGUGGAAGGAUACGGAUACGUAUGGGGAGAUGGAGGUGGAGUAGGAAUAGGAGAAGACGAAGGACAGAAAGCGCAAUAUAUAUAUACAUAUAUAUGUAUAUAUAUACUGAGGUAUAUAUAUAUAUACUGAGGUAUAUAGUGCUACUGGAUAGGUCGAGCCCAGGCCAAAUCCCCAAAGGGUGUGCCUGGCCUCGCCGCAAAGCAAAAAUAUCAAUUUUUUUUUAUAGUAUAUAAAUGAGAAACUAAUCUAACUAAUCUAAUAUGAAUUUGUUAGAGCUAUUAACGGGAAUCGAGAAAUCGAAUGAAGGAGUAAAAAUAAAACUAGCAAAGAUAAAUUAAUACAAAUCUCUGAAGCGAUCACUUGUGUUGGCCUAAGAACUCUGUUGGAGAUAUUCUUCUACAAUACUAGUUUGCAAUUACGAAUUCUGUUUUUUUGUUCGUUUUGUUUGGAGUUCGGUUGGGAACUUUUCUAAAACUAAUGAAAAUCGUAAUCGAUUUUAUAGUAUAAUAAACUAGUAUUUGUAUAAAAACAAACAACAAAAAUUUUACACUUAAACUUAGCUGCUUGCAACAAAAACAAAUACAGGUACUUACAAAUAUACAUACAUACAUAUAUAUAUGUAUAUAUAUAUAUAAAGAAAACGAUGCAAGAAACAAAACUAAAUAAAAAACUCAAAAGAAUAUAUGAGCAAAGGUAUAAGCUACAAAAGAAACGAAAAGAGAAGCGGAAGAAAACAAAAAUUUUGCUAAGAAAGUAUAUAUACAUAACUAUAAAUAUAUAUACAUACAUAUAUAUAUAUAUAUAUAUACAUAUAUACACAACAGCAGAAACCCGAAGAUUUUGGCCACUUAUUUUCAAGCCCAGCUCCAAGAACCGAACCGAACAGAUAAUGAUACAUAAACAGACCCAUAACCAUACCCAUACCCAGACCCAGACCCAGACCCAGAUAACAAAAACGUUCAAGUUGACCAUAGCGCGCCCUAGCCCGACUAAGAAAACUAUUUAACACUUAACAACUUAAAAUGAUAUAUAUGAUUAAUUAUUGAUUAUUAUUACGAUAUAUGGACAACAAUUAAAUUAGCAUUUUUUAUAAAAAACAAAAAAAAA